UCUUCCUUUUAUAGAUGGUUCUUCUAGCUGUACUACUGGUCACAGUACUAAUCAACAUAUUAUUCAUCGCAGAUACCGGCAGAAAACUAAGAGAAGCUCAAAUGGAAGCUGCAGGUGGAGACGGUGAGGCGCUUGAAAAGGGUGAUGCUCGGGAGACCAAAGAUGGAGGAAGAGAUAUCUUAGACACCAUACCUCAAGAACUAGAGAUUGAAGUCCUAUCCAGUGGCAACAAGGUAGCCAUCUCAGUGGGAGGAACUCCGAUUUUAGAAGACGAUGAGAAGGACAAAGGGAGAGGCAUCCACUGCAUCGUGUUAAACCAAGCCACCGGAAGCAUCAUGGCACGGAAGGUCUUUGAUACGUACAUAGGCCACGAGGACGAAGCCAUGGUCCUAUUCCUCAACAUGGUUUCUGACGGACGUAUCAUCAUCCUAGCAAUUAAGGAUGAAGGCACGUUUCAGAUGAAGGAGCAAGCCAAACGGAUGCUGAAGAAUCUGGGUAGUGUAAAAGCCUCUGAUUUAGGAUGGAGAGAUACAUGGGCCUUUAUCACACAGAAGAAAAAUAGGCAUGGUCAAGCAUUUGCAGAGCAGCUUCAUAAAGCUCCAGACCUCUCUAGCUGGGGGUCACCAGUCUUACUGAAGGCUACUGUGCCUCUCUCAUCAAAGGAAGAAAGCGAGUGCCAGUGGCCUGAGACGGAGGCCAAUAUAAGGAGAAGAGAGUUCUGUGCUAGGGUGGAGGGGUAUGGCAGUCUGUGUAGCUGUGAGGACCCUGCCCCCAUCGAGAUGAACCCCGAACAGCUCAUCAAUAACCGUGUCUUCAAUGUGCCUGUCAUCGUAGUAGCCAGUAAUCGACCCAACUAUCUCUAUCGUAUGCUUAGUACUCUUCUAUCGGCACAGGGAGUCAAUCCUGAGAUGAUCGUGGUGUUUAUCGACGGCUACUUUGAGGAACCUCUGGAAGUGGUCAAGCUCUUUGGUCUGAAGGGGAUACAGCACACCCCCUUAGGGGUCAAGAAUGCAAGGAUAUCUCAGCACUACAAGGCCAGCUUGACCGCUACCUUCAAUAUGUUUCCUAGAGCGCAGUACGCCAUAAUGCUGGAAGAAGAUUUAGAUGUCUCAGAAGAUUUCUUUAGUUACUUCAGCCAAACACUUCCGAUCCUCGAGGAGGACAGCACAGUGCUAUGCGUGUCUGCUUGGAACGACCAGGGGUACGAGCACACCAGUAAUGACCCCUCCCUGCUGUAUAGGAUAGAAACCAUGCCUGGGCUCGGCUGGAUGCUGAGGAGAAGUCUCUAUAAAAAUGAGCUGGAAGCAAAAUGGCCGACACCAGAAAAGCUAUGGGAUUGGGAUAUGUGGUUGCGAUUACCGGAGAACAUGCAAGGACGAGAGUGCAUCAUACCGGACGUUUCCAGGACGUAUCACUUUGGUGCCAAGGGAGUCAAUAUGAACAGCUAUUUCCAGGAUCUUUAUUUCAAGAAGAGGGCCUUCAACGCUUUACCUCACGCCAAGCUGAAGGACGUCGGCAAGAUGACCCAGGACAACUACGAGAAGGAGAUGCAUCGUCAGAUCAGCCAGGCUAAGGUCCUGGAUCAUAGGUUAUCACCGUGCGACGAGGCCUUCAUCCCUGAGACGCCCAAUGGCGGGGAGACCUACGUCAUGUACAUACGCAUGUAUAAUGAUAGAGACUUUGACACGUGGCUGUCAACAGCUAAGUGCUUCCAUAUAUGGGACCUAGAUGCCCGUGGUUUCCACAAAGCUCUGUGGAGACUGUUUAUGAAGAAGAAUCAUAUAUUCAUUGUUGGAGUGCCUGCCUCGCCUUAUUCAAAAUACAAGCCAACAGAUGUAGAACCAAUCUUUAUUGAACAAAAGAAGGAAGGAAAAGGACGGUGACCUUUGACGGAGAGAACGUAGAACUUUUAAUUCUCCACUCUACUGUCAUUCCAUCCACUGCCAAGGCGAUAGUACCAUCUAUGUACAAAAGGGAAGAGGUGAAAACAGAGAAAGAGGGAGGGAGGGGGAGAGAAAGAGAGAGAGAGAGAGAGAGAG